CUAGGAACUGUACCCAAUUUUGAUAUUAAAACCCCCACCACCACGGUGCAAAACCGCACAGUCUGCGAGCUCGGCGCCGGCGCCGGCCUCCCCUCCCUCGUGGCCUCCAUGCUGGGCGCUUCCCUCGUCGUCUGCACUGACUUCCCCGACCCGGACCUCAUCGCCACCAUACAAAAAAACAUUGACGGGUGCCACCUCCUCCCCCACGACAACGACGAGCUCAACAUCGUCGCUGACGGUUUUGUCUGGGGCGCCUCCCCUUCCACCCUCCUCCGUCACUCCCCUAACGGGUUCGACGUCCUCAUCCUCGCCGAUUUGCUCUUCAGACACUCUGAGCACGGCAAUAUGAUCAAGACCAUCAGGGAGACUCUCAAGCGCACAAGAGAAGCAAAAGCCUAUGUCGUCUUUUGCAGCUACCGCCCCUGGCUGAGGGAAAAGGAUCUCAAGUUUUUUGACCUGUGCAGGGAGGAUGGGUUCGAGGUGGAACAAAUCUUGGAAAAGAAGAUGGACAAGAAGCUAUUUGAGGAGGAUCCGGGGGACGAGGAGAUCCUCAAGACGGUUACGGGGUGGGUAGUUAGUUGGCCUGAGAAGGAGUGGGUUGCGUGA